ACACCCUGUCCCUUUCUUUGCCACUCCUUCCUUCUCUUCUCUCUCUUCCCCAUCAUUUCUUGUUUUUUUUUUUUUGCCCUUUAUGGUUUAUUUAUGCGUUCUUGCUUCCUCCCCCAUCUCCAGCAUUCAGCAAUUCCAAAGCUCCAAACAAAACCCUAAGCCUGCCAAAUCCAACGCUAUUUGAUUGCAGUGACUUUCAAGUCUUUAAUGGGUGACCCAUUUGAAUACUGAGCGUUUUCGCUCAGAGAGAGAGAGAGAGAGAGUGUGUGUUUGCUGCUUACCCACUCCUGAUUUCAUUGCCCUUUCCCCUUCUUUUCUGUGCUGUUUCCUAACCUCUAUUGUUUUGUUGAGUUUGACCUCAAGUCAAAGAAUGAGUGUCCCGGUAAGUUCAAAUCACUUUCUCUUCUGCUUCAUUUGGUUGUGUGAGUUCCAGUUUUCCCACUUUGCUUUUUAACUUUUUCUGUUUGUUUCACUCGCCUCUCUUCCUCUUCUCAACUCUGCCCCGUCUCUUUCCUCUUCAUUUUUUUUUUCUUGCAACUCCAAUAAAUCUCUGGGCUUGCGUUUCUAUCGAGAGAGAGAGGGGAGGGAGGUGGGGGGCGGGACUUUCUCGUUUUAGGUUUUCUGAGUAAUUUGAAUAUGGAGUAGUUGCCUUCCAACUCAGAGUGAGAUUGGUUCAACUGCUCUUCCAAAGUUUGUGUUUGGCGUACUUAUCCUUGCCCUUCAGUUGGUCUUAUUUUAGGUAAGUUUUCUCCUAUCAAAAUUCGACAACUUCCAAUUCUGAGAACUGGGUCACUCAAAGUUUUUCUUCGACAGAAAUACCUACUAUUCUGGACUUUAAUUUGCUUAUUCCUUUCUCUUUCUGUUUUCUGGUGUUUUUUGCCGAAUUUUAUAUGGGUUGUGAGAUCUUUGCCGAAUUUAUAGAUUGAAUUGAAGUGAGCAGAGUCUGUAAAGAGAGUGGAUUUGGGGAGUGAAACUGCAAGUGUUCCCAGUUAGCUAUGGACUGGGGAAGGAAGUCAUCAAGUUGGGAAUUUACUGAAUUGGGCUCAGAAGAUGAGACCCAUCUCGCUUCACUUGUUGGGUCCAGUGGCUUAGGAUUGCACAAGAAUGGAGGAGGUUUUUCGGUUGAUUUGAAGCUUGGCGGAUUAGGAAAUAUGGGAGAUGGGUCAAUGGACAAAUUGAAAGGACCUAGAGGUUCUAAAAUUUCAUCAUCUCCAUCGGCGUCCUUAAAAAGAACGAGAUCGAUUGGUGGAAUGCAAAAUGUUUCGUGCUUAGUGGACGGGUGUACGGCUGACCUUAGUAAUUGCAGGGAGUAUCACAGGCGCCAUAGAGUGUGUGAGCGCCACUCUAAGACCCCGGUUGUGUAUGUUGGUGGCAAAGAGCAGCGGUUCUGCCAGCAAUGUAGCAGAUUCCAAUCUCUUGGGGAGUUUGAUGAAGAGAAACGAAGCUGCAGGAAACGACUUGAUGGUCACAACCGUCGUCGGAGGAAACCUCAGCCAGAAGCAUUCUACGUGAGUUCCGGGAGCUUUUGGUCUGGUCCCCAAGGUGCGAGGCUCUUGCAGUUUGGCUGCCCAAAAGCAUAUGCAACAUCCACGGCAGGUGCUGCCACCGCAUGGCCUGGCAUUGCUAAGCCCCAUCAGCAUUUCCAUGUCCCUGAUCAACAAAAUGCUGUUCCAAGUUCUCAACCCUGCAUUUACAAUGUUGAAAAACGAUUCCCGUUCUUGCUAGCACACGAGCCAGAACGAAGCAAUCAAGUAGUCCCCGAAAUUUCGAGCUGCCAGGGACUCGCCAGUAACAGUGCAUCCCACGAAAGCGCAAGGGGACACCUGAGAACAUUGUCGGGUGGAAUAACAGUGUCUUUCAACUCCAAUUGUGCUCACUCUCUUCUGUCAUCACAUCCAACAGAGACUCCGGGAACUUAUUUCAGCAACUCGUUGCACCGGGACACGAUCCAUUCCAACUUGCCAGCAAGUAGGAGGUUGCAUUUCGAUGGUCUGGCUCAAUAUUCGCAGCGGGUGGAGGAGGAGGAGGAGGAGGAGGAGGAGAAGCCACCAGUGCUGGUUCCUCAACCCAGCAACACGAACAUUGUUCGCGACCAGAUACUUCACGUGUCGCCUGAUGAUUUGCUGGAAAAAGGGGCCUCGCAAGUGCUUCCGUUUUCCUGGAAGUAGGUAGUCCACUAAGUUCAUUCCUUAUCCGCUCGAUUGACUUUCUUCUGUAUGAAUGUUUGUUUGUCAGUAUUCAUGUUCAUGCUGAUGGCCUUUCUGAUUGAUCCAAACGUUGUAAAAGAUUUUCUUCUGUUCCAAGUGUUUGCAUUGCUGGUCUUCUUCUCA